AUGGCACCAUCACCUCAAAGAGCAACAGCAACUUGUUUCUGCGGCACUGUUCAAUUAGAACUGCCAGUCGAAGGCCAAGACCUCACCCAAGUCUUUGUCUGCCACUGCCUCGACUGCAGAAAACUGACCGCCAGCGUCUUCACCACCGCCUUCGUCGUCAAAGACUCUUCUCUCUCCCACCUCCGCGGCGAAUCCUCCCUUGGCACCUAUGCCCGCUCCUCCACUAUUGCCAGCGGCAACACAAUGACAAACUACUUUUGCAAGGACUGUGGCACGCUGAUGUACAGACGCAGCAGCGGGUUUCCCGGGUUGAGUAUUACGAGGGUGGGUACUGUGGAUGAUGUGAGUCUGCAUGACACAAAGUUGAAACCUAGAGUGGAGAUUUGGUGUCAGAGUCGGGUUGCGUGGUUUGGGGGUGUGGAGGGGAUUAAGCAGAGUGAUGAUCAGGCUGCUUUGUAA